AUGCCUGUUGCAGCAGGGACCGGCUCGUCGCCAGCACGGUCGAGCAUGGAGGGCUCGGAUGAAGACAGCCCAGGAGGCCACCCCCAGGGGAACCGCUUCGGCGACCCCUUGUCGGACGAGUUCGGCCUGAGCUUCGAGCCCGGUGACGGGACCGAUCUGGGCGGCAAGCCCAGGGAGGACAAGGCCGACUCGGCCCCGGCAUGGAGUGAGCUGAAGACCAAGGCUGGCAAGGAGCGCAAGAGACUGCCCCUGGCCUGCACCGCCUGUAGGAGGAAGAAGGUCCGCUGCUCAGGCGAGAAGCCCGCCUGCAAGCACUGCACGCGCGGCAGAGUGCCCUGCGUCUAUAAGCACUCGACACGCAAGGCUGCCCCUCGGACCGACUACAUGGCCAUGCUGGACAAGCGCCUGAAGCGAAUGGAGGAGCGCAUCAUCAAGGCCGUCCCCAGAAACGAGCAGGAAGGCAUCGCAUCAUCCGUCCCCCGUGCAAACGUCCGGCCUGCCAUUCCUGGAACCGCGAGUUCUGGCAAGGGUCCAAAGAAGCGCGGCGCGGAUGAGGCUUUUGCUGGCCCCGAUCUUGAUUCGUGGGCAAAGACCCCAAAGAAACAGAGCCUCGGAAACCCAGCCGACCCCAACCUGCUGUUAAGCGUCCACGAGAGCGAAGAGACGAGGUUGUUGCAGGAGGGCCUGGGCGCUCUACCCUCGAGAGAUAUUCAGGAACACCUCGCCGACGUGUUCUUUGACCACGUCUACGGCCAAGCCUACCAUAUACUCCAUAAGCCAAGUUUUAUGAGAAAGCUUAGAGCUGGCGCGCUACCCCCCGUGCUCGUUCUCUCUGUCUGCGCGAUAGCCGCCAGGUUCUCCAACCACCCGGAGCUGACGACCAAGAAGAGGCCAGAGUACCUACGAGGCGAAGAAUGGGCGUCGACUGCGCGUGACAUUGUCAACAAGCGAUACGAUUGGUCCAACAUCACCAUCUUGAUAUGCCUCCUUAUACUCGGGCUGCACGAAUUUGCUACCUGCCAGGGCUCCCGAAGCUGGGCACUGGGUGGGCAGGCCAUACGAAUGGCAUUCGCACUCCAGCUGCACAAGGAUCUCGACCACGACCCUGCCAGACCGAAUGUGCCCCUCAGCUUUGUGGACCGAGAGAUCCGGCGCAGGACUAUGUGGGCAUGCUUCCUGAUGGACCGAUUCCACUCGUCGGGAAGAGAUCGACCGAGCUUCAUAAAGGAAGAGAUGCUCCGGAUCCCCUUACCCGUCAAGGAGAAGAACUUCCAGCUGGACAUGCCGGCACUGACCGAGAACCUACAAGGCGAGGUCCCAGGUGCCGCCGGUGCCGAAGAUGGGGCCGAGGCAUCCAAUGCCAAAGAGAACAUGGGCGUGGCCGCAUACCUCAUCAAGGCUAUAUCGAUCUGGGGCCGCAUAGUCAGUCACAUGAACCAGGGCGGCAAGGACCUGGACGUCAAGUCGUUGUGGGACCCUGACUCGGAGUAUACGAGGCUGGCCAACGAGGCCGAGGAGAUGGCAACCUCCCUGCCAGAAUCCCUUGUCUAUAACUCGGCCAACCUACAUGUGCACGACACAGAGUCGUUGGCGAACCAGUUCAUCCUCCUACACAUUGCCAUACAACAGAACAUCCUGUUCCUCAACCGGUUCGCAACGUCUCCGAGUAGCGCCAACACCGCCGAAGUACCACCUACACCAUUCGUCAUUAAUGCUGGCAAGAAGGCUUACGACGCAGCCGACCGAAUCUCGGAGAUCCUCAAGGAAUCCGAAUCUUAUUUCGUCACCGCUCCCUUUGUCGGCUACUGUGCCUUCCUCUCGAGCACUGUCCAUGUGAUUGGCUCGUAUACCAGCAAUCCCACCAUCCAGGCUAACUCGAGGCACAACCUCGGCAUCAACAUCAACUUUCUCUCCAGGAUGAAACGCUACUGGGGCAUGUUUAGCUACAUGAUAGACAACCUGCGGGACCAAUUUCGCAACUGCGCCGAGACGUCUGUCCGUGGGAAUCUGCCCAACGGGAGCUCGCCGUCCAUCGCCUCUAUCUUCCAGUACGGUGACUGGUUUGACCGCUACCCGCACGGCGUGUCACAGUCCGAUUUUGCCGACCCGGCCAUCCACAAAAAGAAGGAGGAGGGUGAGGACGCGGCUCUCGAGCAGAAGUCGGAGCUGCGCACUGUGGAGGAAUACAUUACAGAGUUUCCCCCU